GGAGUCUCGGGCGUGUCUGGAGUCGCGUCCGCCGGAAUCCCGCCUCGGGGCGCGGUUCCCAGAGCUCCUCCGCGCUCCCUUGCUCCCCUCGCCAGCCCCGGCGGCCCAGGCCACGCCCCCAGCGGCCCAUUUGUUCGCUCGUCCGGCGGGCGCUCCCGCACACCCCUCCGUUGCUCGGGUCCCACCAGGCUGAGGCGCUGCUGCCGAGCGCGGAACCGAGACGUGGCUCCCGGGCGGAGGAGCCAUGUUGGACUUCGCGAUCUUCGCCGUUACCUUCUUGCUGGCUUUGGUGGGAGCGGUGCUCUACCUCUACCCGGCUUCCAGACAAGCUGCAGGAAUUCCAGGGAUUACUCCAACAGAAGAAAAAGAUGGUAAUCUUCCAGAUAUUGUGAACAGUGGAAGUUUGCACGAGUUCCUGGUUAAUUUGCAUGAGAGAUAUGGGCCUGUGGUCUCUUUCUGGUUUGGCAGGCGCCUUGUGGUUAGUUUGGGCACUGUUGAUGUGCUAAAGCAGCAUAUCAACCCCAAUAAGACAUGGGAAAAAAAAAAGGCUUUACCAGCAAAGGCUGAAAGCAUUUCCUCGGUUAGUUGCAUAAUCAGUGAUGAUCUGCUUUCAGAAGAAUUAUUGGAUAAAUGGCUCUCCUACCCAGAGUCCCAACAUGUCCCUCUCUGCCAGCAUAUGCUUGGCUUUGCGAUGAAGUCUGUUACGCAGAUGGUAAUGGGUAGUACAUUUGAAGAUGAACAAGAAGUUAUUCGCUUCCAGAAGAAUCAUGGCACAGUUUGGUCGGAGAUUGGAAAAGGCUUUCUAGAUGGAUCACUUGAUAAAAGUACAACUCGGAAAAAACAAUAUGAAGAUGCCCUUAUGCAACUGGAAUCUAUUUUAAAGAAAAUCAUAAAAGAACGAAAAGGAAGGAACUUCAGUGAACAUAUUUUCAUUGACUCCUUAGUACAGGGGGACCUUAAUGACCAACAGAUCCUAGAAGACAGUAUGAUAUUUUCUCUGGCCAGUUGCAUAAUAACUGCAAAAUUGUGCACCUGGGCAGUCUGUUUUUUAACCACCUAUGAAGAAGUUCAGAAAAAACUAUAUGAAGAGAUAGACCAAGUUUUUGGGAAGGGACCUGUAACUCCAGAGAAAAUUGAGGAGCUCAGGUAUUGUCGGCAAGUGCUUUGUGAAACUGUUCGGACUGCCAGACUGACCCCAGUUUCUGCCCGGCUUCAAGAUAUUGAAGGAAAGAUUGACAAAUUUAUCAUUCCUAGGGAGACCCUUGUCCUUUAUGCCCUUGGAGUGGUGCUUCAGGAUCCCAGUACUUGGCCAUCACCAUACAAGUUUGAUCCAGAGCGGUUUGAUGAUGAAUCGGUAACGAAGACUUUCUCCUUGCUUGGAUUCUCAGGCACACAGGAAUGCCCAGAGCUGAGGUUUGCAUAUAUGGUGACCACAGUACUUUUGAGUGUACUGGUGAGGAGACUGCACCUACUUUCUGUGGAGGGACAAGUUAUUGAAACUAAGUAUGAACUGGUAACAUCAUCGAAGGAGGAAGCUUGGAUCACUGUCUCAAAGAGAUAUUAAAAUUGUAUACACUUAACUUUGUUGAGGGAAAUGACCGUUUAGAAAAUAUGUAUUGAAUCCUUUUAUAAGCCAAGCAUCAUUGUAUAAUAUAAACACCUAUUAGUACUUCAUCAUGUGAAUUUGAAUUUUUGUAUAUCAGUUUCUUAAUGCAUCAUAUACUUUUAUACUUAUUGCAUCAAUAUGGUGAUAAUUUUAAUGGGAGGACUUCUACUUUUAACUUUUGUUUUAUCAGUUUCUAUGUCAUUGUUUUCAAGUUCUUAGCCUUAGUUUGAUCUCUAAAAUUAAUAUUCUUGAAGAGAAGCUAUUUUUCACAAUAAUAUUUUAAAAAUAUUCAUAGAAGAGAAAAAUAACUCAUAUUCACACUUUCAGUAAAUCCUCUUAAAGGGGACUUUACAUAAAAAGGAAAAGAAAAAAAGGACUUUAUAUAAUUUUAUUUAUUAGAUUAAUAUUUUUAUUUUCUGAGUAUAAAUUAGUUUGUGUUUAAUCAUUGUUAUUAGGUUUGAGUAAUUCAGUGAAUAACAUACCUUGUAUUUGCUUGUAUGCCUUCCCAGACAACAGUGUUUAUUUCAUGACUUAUACAUUGCUCAUCAUUUUGAACAGUUCUGAAUCAUUUGGAAAAUAAUACAGUUAGUUCUGAAUGUGUUUUGAAGUGGUGUCCUUCCUAAGUAGCAAACUAAGAGUGAGGCUUGUCUGUCCUUUUUUUGCUGGAAAUUGUAGUAGCACUAUAUUACUCCACUAAUCAUCAUUUGUGGAAAAAAUAAAUUCCUGAAUUUAUUUAUUAUUAUGUCAUAUCCUAACCAUAAGAAAUGAGAGAGCAUUAACUAAAAACUGAAACCAAAUUUAAAAGAAAGAAAACAAAGAUGGGUGAAAAUAUUUGCAAAAUAUAUGACAGAAAGGGAUAAUAUCCAUAUUACAUAUAAAGAGCUCAUACAAAUUGGUAAGAAAACAUACAGUAGAUAAAUGGACAAAACAGCUUUUAUAAGGGGAAACAGCUAAUGAACUUUUAGAAAAAUGGUCAGUCUCACUAGUAAGCAAAGAAAUAUUGGGGAUUUUUCAAAAAUAAGUAUCUUUCAAAUUUACAUUUUAGUACUGGUAAGUUUUAUAUUUAAUGCUUUUUUAUUGACAGCAUUGUAUUUUAGUUUGCUUUCUUUGGUUACACUGUUCUUGAAGAAUUCUUUUUUUAAAAUAUGUUUUUUUAAAGAUAAAAGGAGAUAUGAAGGAAAUAUGCCAAGUGCUGAUAGAGAGGAAAGGAAGAAUAGUGAUAAAUGUUUGCAGAUGGGCUUAUUUUUGACACUGCUGAAUUUCUCUUGUAAUUUUAGUUUCAAGAAUGUACCCUAGUUAUUGAGUUAUUUUAUGUUGUGUUUAUGGUUAUAUAGCUAACAUCUUAGACCUAGUAAUAAGUAGUUAAACAUAGAAACUAAGUAACUAGAUGCAGCCUUUAUUUCUGACAAAAACAUUUAAUUUAUGGAAUAAUUUAAAUUCUGAAACUUUUAAGUGAAAUGUAUUCUUAGUUCCUAGCAUCAUGUUUCUACAAAGGCAUGUUGUUACAUUUAUUCCCUGUCACCUAUCAUAUUCUAUGGUUUUGCAUAUAAAGAGCAUCUUCCUUUGUUAUCCAAGUAGCUUAAUUGGUUUGGAAACUGGCACUGGAAGGUUAGAGUAGCCAGUUGAUAUGUAAACCAAGUGUCAGUAAAAUCAGAUGAGGUAAGUGGAAUUUUAAAGCAAGGGAGACCUGAUCAUCCAUGAUCAAGGCAAAAACAGGGUAACUGAACCAGAGUCAGGGUGUUGGCAUGUUGCCAAUAGUGAGACAAUGUAUAAUAAUGAUGGAAUCGAGGAAAAUAGAGCAUAGAAGAAUCAGGUAAAUAAGCAUAUUUUAUCCAGAGUUACGUAAAUAACUUGAAACAUUAAAAAUAAGUCAUUUUUCUAGAGGAUUUUUAAAAAAUAAAAAAUACUGUUAAUCAUAUGUAAAAUAAGUUAUCCAUUCACUGUUGUUCUUACGUGGCCCUUUGUAUUUGUCAAAUGACCUAAAUUUUAGUAGCCUCAGUGUUACUGAUGGCUCGUAGCAUGGCUCUAGCAGGACUCUUAAGUUUUAUAGCUUUUUGGCUUUUUAAAAACUAUUUCUUCACUGAUUUUGAUCUACAUUCUUUUUGAUAGUUCAGAAGUUUAUUGUUAAAAACAUCAACACAACACAUUUUUAUGGAAUGAAAGGGCUCUUCCACACUUUGUGCUAAUAAAAUUCAAAACAGAAUUAAUUCUGUGCAUAUGUUUGGGAAAAAUGAAAAACUCACAUGCUGUUUGGCCCACAAAUGUGCAGUUUCAUUUUUUGAUAUAAAUAGAUUCUAUCUUAUUUAUAGACUUAAUAUCAAAAUUUAUUUGUUUUCUUUAUAUUAAAAUAGUUUGUAUUUUAAAGACAAAAUGCUCUAUUUUUUAUUGGAAAAUUAUAUGGGUUUAUUGUAGAAAAAUCUAGGAAACAUAGAAGCACAAAAAUAGGAAACUCCAUCACCACUAUUUGAACUUAACCAGUGUUAAGCUUCUGAGGUGGAUCCUUCUACUUUUUAAUCCACAUGUAAUUUUUACAGACAUAUUAUACACAAUGUUCUCUUCAUUUAAUAUGUUAUGAACCAGUAGUGUUUUCCACAGCUGGAACAUUACUAUUCUCCUCACUCAGAAUGUAAGCACAGACUUGUCAAUCUUUUUCUCUGCCUCUUUCCCUUCUCAAAUAUUGUUAUUCUUUUCAACUUUAAAAAUGGCCUUACUUCUCCAUCUAUUCUAUCAAAACAGUUAUAUAUUAGUAGAACCAAGUUGCUAAAGUCAUAGCAUAAUCUAGGUGUUACAAUGAGCAUUUAAGAAAUGAAAUUACUCCAUUAUCCUAAGAAAAAUCUUCAAUAUAAUUAAGUUCAAAUUAGGAUAGCAUUUCAUCUUUUAAGAGGACAUUUUAAGAAUCUUUGUUGUUGUUUUUGGACUCUGGAGGAAACAGAUUAAAAUUCUUCCCUGAAGACAUGUUUAUUUUUUUCUCCAGACCCAUAAAAAGUACUGUUACCCUUUAUAAAAUGUACCUUUUUUUCACAUGCGGUUAUGUUGACACACUGAAAACUGCUUAAAAAAACAUAAUUCUACUGAGUGUGUAAAAGUGAAGACAUGGCCGGUAGAAUCAAGGAGUCAUUUAGUAGCUGUGAGAAGAUAGCUGCGAGAGAAAUGGACACUAUUUUCAAGGGUGGGGUUUUAUAUUGUCAACAAGUUGAUGCUAACGACCUAAUUUUUCUUCUUAGCCAGUCCUAUGCCUGUUUCCUAAGUUCCUAAGACCAAUGAUGAAGGUAGAAGGGCAGGAGUUGGGGGAAGGGAGGCAGUGACAACAAAGCAGUUGCUGUUAUUGCAGAAGUCAGAAAAUCAGCGUGCCAAAAAGGCUGGAUACUGUGUUGCUUUGAGCGUUGUCAGUGAUCUGCACUGAUAAAAAGGAGUGAGACUGAAACUUGCCAAAGUAGAACAAGGGACUGGAAUGAGCAUUUGUUAGAAACCAAAUUCUUUAUAUACCCAUCUCAUUUAGUCCUUAGAAAGUAAUAGUAGGUACAGGUAGGACUAACUAAAAUAGUUCUUCAUUCCUGCUAGAAGAAAUACUGUAAAUAAAGACAGCAAAUACUAGCUAAGAAACAGUAAAAGAUCUAAACUUCAGAUUAUCUUAAUAGCUUCAGUGGGGUUUAGUGGGGUUUUUGUUCUUAUUUAAGAGAGAACCGAGCAAUAGUUUCAAAUGAUGUACAGUUCAUAAUAGCUAAAGAAAAUGAUUAAAAGAGUAAUGUAACAGCAGUAUUAAAAGAAAUCUCAAAGGAAACUAAAUACUGCCAACUCAACUGCCACUUGUACAACUGUUCAAAUUUUUUCCUGUUCCCACAUACGUAUAUUUUUACCUAUUGCAAUCAGAACAAUUUGGUCUACUUUUCAUUUAAUUCAUUUCAGACAUUUUCUUAUGUUACUUCAAUUUUGUAAGGUCUUAUUUUGGGGUGGGAGUAGACUUUAAAAUUACAAUAGAAAUCAAUUUCAUGUUUGAUUUAUAGAAUUUUAUGACACUGAGUGAAUGGAUAAUUGUAAAAUUUGAGCUGGGAGCCAUUUUGUAAAACAUCCAGACAGUAAACAAAAGGCAGGAAAUGACAUUCCUUCUUCCAGUUGGCUUCCCAUUCAGUCAGUUUACAGUUUGGUGGCUGUCUUUCUACAGAUUGGGAAUGGAUCUUGUUAUAGCAUGGAUAAACUGCCAGGAGCAAAUAAGUCACAAAUAAUCCUGUUUGGUAGUUUUUAAAAAAAUCUACAUUUAUAUACAUCUAAAAUACUUGCAAAUUCUUGUUUUAAUUUUUAACACGAUAGUAGUGAAUGAAACUUACUUUGUAACUAUAUCAUAGAUAAAGUUGUAACGUGCCUGUCUCCAAAAAGGCAAUCAGUAAAUAUUUUUGAAGAAAUGAAUGAAAUCUUCAUUGAGGUUUUCUCUGUAUAUAGAAUAAAGGAGAUUAUUGAAGUUACUUAAUAGUUGAAGAAGAUUUCCAGAUAGCCAAACUACCUCUAAUGCUAAUAGCACUUUGUGAUAUGCUAAGUACCCCAUUGCUGGAAGUAUUUAGGAAGAUGUUGUAUGGACAUCUUUCAGUGAUGCCUGUAUUAGGUGUGAACAUAGGUUUAUAAUAGCCUAUAGUUCUACAAAAUAUCAACCAAAAUAGUUGGUAAGCAAGUAGUCCUUUGUUCCUUCUAUGUCUUAUCACUAGAUCAUCAUUAAAACUAGGAAAUGUUUAAGGAUCAGAGUUUUUUUAUUAGGUUAGCAACAGCAUUAUUUCCCAAAGUGUGUCUCAUGGUACCCUAUCCUAUGAGAUACUCUGAGAAAAAGUUUCCUUGAUCGUAUUCAUUCUCAGUUUAUAUAUAUAUAUUCUUUCUCAGAAUGCGUAUUAAUAUAUUGGAAGAGCUGAGAAGUUCUACUGUAAGGAAACCUGUUUUAACUUGGUGUAACACUGAGUGUUCCAAAUGUAUUUGAUGAAGGUACCCCUUUUUCAAGUUAUACCUAUUAUCCUGAAAAACCAGUGUUUCAUGGAGAUGUAGUGUUCAAUAGAUCUAUAGAUGUCGUGUCCAAAAUGAUCUACAGACAAAAGGAGUCUAAAGGAACAUCUGUCUUAGGUAGUUCUUUAACCUAUGCAUGGUGCAGAGAUUCUCCAGACUAGGAGUGACCGUAUUAGAACCAAGGCACCUGAAUUCCAUGUUCUCUCACUCCCUCACCUCCUCCUCUUUUCCCUGUCAGAGGACAGAGCCCUCUUACUCUCCUGACUCUGUCCUUCUCCUGACUUCCAUUUCUGUCCAAAGAAAUGUGACCCAUUUAGUUAGGCAACACUUUUUUAUUGGUCACUUAAUGUGUGUCAGAUCUUAUUCCAGAUGCUGGGGAUAUAGCACUGAGCCAGACAGGCAUGGAAUUUACUGUGUUUUCUCUCUUCUGUGCUUCACCCCAGGAGGAAGAACCCCAGAGUCUCAUGUGCCAAAGCUUAACAUUCUAGCACUUGAGCUUUCUAGGUCCUGGGUUUGGAAGCAACUCAAGGACCCUUUAGGUUAGUGGCUGAAAGGGACAAAGGAAGGAACUUGUAGUUGACUACAUGACAAAGAACAGAAGGCUUCAGUUACAGGCUGUAGAGGCGGAAGAAGCACAAGGAACCGUUGGGAGUCAAACCAUUCUUUUUGUUACUUUUAGUUUAUGAGCAAGAGAAACUACAUAUCUUCUCAAGGAAAACUGUCAACACUGAUGCUGAAUAGAAAUACUGGAGAUUGUUCAGAGUGAGAAGAAACAAAGCUAGGAAUUGGUUUGACUAGGUUAAAGAGCAAUAUUGAUUAUAGUCAUUUGUAUGAAUUGUUUAAUUAUACUGCAGCAGUAGGUGUGUUCAUCUUUCAUGAUUUGUUGCUGUGUUGCAAGGUCAGCAGCUAAUAGAUAAUUGAUUUUUAGAGCUUAAAAGGACCUUGUAGAGAUUAUAUGGCAUAGCCUGCUCACAAUUUAAAAUUUUGGAGGGGGCAAUCUAGGGCCUCUGGGAGUAGAAGAGUAACAUUAUUUGGCUUUCAUUUUGGAUUUUCUCAUAGCCUUCCAAAGAUAAGUGCUUAAGUCAGUGCUAUUAUUAUAUUCAUAGGAUUUUGUUAAGCUUUCAAGGAAGUGUAGAUUCAAAGGGAAUUGGAAAAAAUUUGUUUAAUAUUCUUGAUACAGAGCCUUUGAGGGAGAUGCAAAUGUGUUUUGAAUGUUAAAUUUACUUAGAUUUAAAAAUACAUAUCUUCAAGCGAAGUUGCCAUGACAACCUUUCUUAAUGUGUGUAUGAAAUUUAUGUCUGUCUCUGAGGUUUUCAUCUUUCUCAAUACAGGGUUUAAUCACAAGAAUUGGGCACUGUGGUGUAUUUCUAUCUAGGUGGUGCCCUGUGGGAAUUAUAUAAUUUUGAGAAAUGCAAAUCAAGCAUCAGAGCAGUUCUGUAGCAUGGUGAUCCCACCAAGGUAAAUGUCAUCUUGUUCUCUCCAUGAUCAGAGAUUGAUCUGGCUUCAAACUCACAAUGAAAUUCUGGAUUGAAAUAGAACCAUGAGUCGGUUCUGAGUUUCUGUUUUUUUCAUAUUUAGAGGAUUUGUAGGAGGGCCCUAGGAGGUUUGGGAAAUUUUGGACUAAAUCUCUUGGAUAGCCCCCAAACUGAUCCAGUCUCCUUGGGAUCAUCUAAAUCUAAUCCAUAGUAUAGGUUGACUCAGAACCACAAGAGACAGCUCUAUAAUGGCCAGCCAUGUGCACAGAGACACCCCAGAGACUCCUUCUGGCCUGAACUCCAAUCCAGCAAUCCUAGAGAGAUACCAUUAUCAGACCUCUUCACUUACUUUUACCUCACUUCAGAUACACUUGUCUAUCAGUCUCUCUUUUGCAUGUCAGGGGCCAGGAGAAGAGUACUAGGAUUUUGGACACCCAAAGUUUAGGAGAAAGGAAUUCUCAUCCUCAAUUCUGGAAAUAUGAAUUUAUUAAGCAGUAGAAUAAGGGGGUAGUCACUGGUACCUUCUGGUAACUAUGAGUUGACUUUGAGAACUCUUAACAUGGCUGCCUGAGAUUUUGAGAUGCUUGCUAAAGAGCUAUGUUUGUUUGUGUUUUAUAUUUUAGUUCUUCUGUGGUAUAGUAAAAAAUAAUAAUAAUAAUUUUUUUUUGCAAUUUAAGAACCCCUGAAGAUAAUUAAUUAAAUUGAGAUUAGAAGUAUGAUCUACUAAUGUGCCAGCUUUGAAUUUACUUUAGUCUUAAUAGACUUUGUAAAACUAUGUUACAUUUAAGAGACUCCACGGAUAUGUUCUAAUCCAAUAGCCUUAUAAAAGGGGGAAAUGAAAGCUGAGAGAACUUAUUUUAUAUGAGAAUUUGCCCAGGCUAGCACAAUUUUUUUUCCGCAAACUUGUUCAGAAUGUGAUUUCCUUUUGGUUUCAUAUUAUUCUCUAAAGGAUGAAUUUAAAACCAAGGAAAGGCCCCCUAAGCAAAAAGAAUUGCCUAAAUUACUAUACUAUGCUAUUGAUAACUGGGAGAAAUAGGAUAAUAGUCUCCGAUGUUUAUAAAGGUUUGGGGGCUUAUUUUUAUUGUAAGAGGCACAAUCAGGGCCAACUACAUAAUUUGUAUGCCCAGUGCAAAAUGAAAAUAUGGGGUCUUAGGUGGGGAUGAAGUCAGUCUCCCCCCUUCCCACCAUUGGGUCUGCUCUUUUAACCUAUGGUUGAUGAGAGACCCCCUCCCCACCCCACCCCCAAGGGAUUGAAGUCUCCAUGCUGGGACAAUGUUGUUUACCUGGGUCAGGGGUAGGCAGAGGAGCCCCGCCCAGUUACCUGGUGAACAUGCUGUGGUGUGGCCAGCCCAAAGCAGAGAUGACUUCUUCCUUGCCCUGCCUCAAAAUGCUGCAGAGCAAACUGCUGGCUGGACCCCAGCCCUCCCCACAUCUGCUCCCAGGCCCCCAUUGGAGGGUAACGUGGCAGAAAGUGGGCCUCCUUCAUCAACUCUCCUCCUAAUGCAAUCUUACUGCUGCUCUGGGUAGAAGGCAGCAGUGGUAAUGGGCAGGGAUGGUUAGAGGGAGGGCAGGCAGGGUGCAGGGCACCGGGGAGCGGGAAGCUGGUAACUGAGAACAUGUCUAGGGAGGCAAGGAAGUAAACUCUAAGCCCCGGGAGUAUACUCCAGGGUCCCAGUGGACUUCACUUACAAAAUACAAAUUCACAAAUAAAAUUUGAGAAUUUCACUGCAGUGCCUUCAAAGUGUUAUACCCCAACAUAGGGUCCUCCUGAGGUGUGGGCUUCUGUGGGACUGCACUGGUUGCAGCCCAUGAAGCUCGCCCUGGACGCAUCUGACCUUACACAGCAUGGUGCUGUGACUCAGUGGUUUUUGAGGGCUGUGCCUCCUGGUUGUAUGCUAGUUGUCCUUGCAAAUACCCAUAAAUGUCUUUUUCAUGAUUUAUCAUCAAGCGAUUUAAAACUCUCUAGGAUGUCUUAAAAUUAUUUACAAAAUAGGCAACAAAUAGAUGCCAAACUUAAAAGCAAUUUGAUAAUACAGAUUUUUAUUAAAGUUGCAAAAGUGAUACAGUACACUAAAAGUCUCUUAUCUGAAGCCCCAUUUCACUGAUGGAGCUCUUACUUUCCUGUAUUUUAAUAAUUGCCAAACAUUUUCUGCUGGAAGGUAAAAUGGGAUUUUCCCCCGAAAUAUCUUUAUAAAACCCUAUGAAAUAUUUCAGUGAUAUGAGUCAUUCACUUAUUCAUAUGGUUGGACAUCUAGAUAAUAGAAAUCUGUGAGAAAUAUAUUGUUAAUUCCUGUGGAGGAGGAAGGAAGAAAUCCUACUGAUGUAUUUUAAGUGUAGUUAAAUUCAGUAUUCCUUGCCAUUUUAAAAUACCAAAGUUAUUCUCUUCUGCUCCUUUCUUUCCAAGAGGCUACAGAAAAUUACUUUGACAAGGAAAAUCAUGAGUCACUUUUUUUGCUGUUAACCUCUUCUACAUUGCAUUUCAUGAACAUAGCAAUCGGUGGUCAAUGAUAUUCUUAGUAACCUUGUACUAUACAAGUGAGACUUAUUACCAUAUACCAUUGAUGUUUAGUUAGCAAUUUUGUCAAAGUAUAACCUCUUUGUUUGCAAUAUUACUGAAACUGAUAAGAAACAGAUUAUUAUAAAAAAAAUUAGCAGCUUUGAAAAUCAUACAUGCUGCAGUGAAUAUUCAGCAUACAGGUUCUAAUGGUAUUAAAGCAUAAUCAGAAAAACUGGUAUAUUUCAAACUCUUAGCAAUUCAUGUUAUUAAGUGAAGGUCAAUAUAGUUGUCAGUAAUAAAAACCUACUUAGUACAUUUUGAGGCUUGACGCUCUAUAAAACCUUUAACAUAAUUUAAGACAAAGUGUGAACAAAAGUAGCUAAUUUUAGAAAUCCAAUUUUUGUGAACUGAUUGGUGAUCUGUCUGCUGUGGGAAAGAAUGAUCUGUUUUAUGCUUUAGCUCUGAAAUUCACUGUUUUGGUGGGGGAGGGAUAUGUAAAACCAAUUUUAGUAGAAACUUAAAGAAUUGAGGACUUUUUAUUCUUCGAAAAUAUAAGCCUUUCAAGAUAAAUUAUCUACCCCGUUGGUUAUGUCUAUACACAGAGAUACGUUGUCAUGAAGAAUUUCAGGUUUAUAUUGUCCACAUUCAUGGUUUGAUGGAAAAACUUUUUUCCUCUUUUCACUUUUCACAGGAAAGGGAGCUAUUUUGUUGUCUCUUAUAGGAAACUAUUAUAGAUUCUAAAUAUUUAAAUAUAAUCCUUCCAGGUUGUAUCUUGGGUAUAUGUUAUUUUCUCUCCUUUCAAGAGUAAUUUCUUCUUGAAAAAUGCUUUUUAUUGGGUAUUGGUUAGUAUGAGGGGACUAUUGUUGAUUUUGUUAGAUGUGCAACAAUAUUGUGGUUAUGUGGCAAAAUAUCCUUGUUUUUUAGAGAUAUAUAAUAAAGUAUUUAGGGGUUAAAUGUCAUGAUUACUGUAAUUUUCUUUAAAAUUCUGUAUCAUAAGAAUAAUAUAAGGUAAAAUAGAAGCCAUUGUUACAUCUCAUCAGUGGAUGUUUGUGUAUUCAUUACACCAUUCUCCAUACUGUAUGUUUGUAAUUUCCAUAAUAAAGAGACAAAAAAAUGACUUUCAAUAAAAAUGAAAAAAAUAUG